AUGACCUCGACAAUCACUUUUCCAGCGAUAGAAUCGCAGCGCGCCAGUCAAGUGUCCUUGCUUUCCCGGCACGCCGCGAGCGCACUCGAGGUUUGCGAACUCGUGUACGGGACCGCAGACAGCACUUCAUGGGACGUUCUCGAGCGAUUCUACGAAUCUGCCUGGGCAACAUAUCCGCCUUGCUCCAGGAUUAGUCUUUCAUUUCCUGACAUAACGACAAAAAGCUACGAAAACCCGUUUGUCACGGCGACGUCUCGUAGAGUUACGCGCGACCUGUUUUCGCUAUAUCAUCAAAUAUCACACCUGGAUCUCCCGAAACCGUUACCUACGCUAUGCCACAUUCUCCGCACGGCAGCAGGACGCCCGUCCAACCUAUCGGGGAACUCGUGUUUCCCGAUCAUACGCACUUGGACCGAAAUGGGAGAUGUAUGCGAGAGUGAAAGCUUUGAUCACCACAAACGAGCCGUGGUAGAACAUAUCUUGCAUGUCCUAUUCCUACCGGACAUACAUGACAACACAGCCGACAAUACACGCACGCACGACGGAAAUGAGCCUCACAGCUCUCAUCAUCAUGAUCACUCUGGCGACUCCCUCCAUCGACCCCUCUCUCACCUCUCGGUCUCGUCAGAUCUUAGUGGCGGAUCGUCGUCGCGGCCUACGCUUCCGCAUUCCCCUGCGUUGCCCGUCUUCGGCACCGAUCUGACCGUCCCCAGUCCGCUCCACUUCAAGUUCCACAUCCUCACGAAACUUGAAUUUAAUGAGCAAGGCAGAAUUGUCCAUCACCGCGACUUUUGGGAUAUCAGCAAUGUGAUGCAGUUAUUUCCCGGCGGGCCGCUUUCCCAUUGGAUAGGCACUAGGCUUGCCGCACAAGGCCUCUCGAUGGCCUCUCGCCUUGGCCAUUGGGCCUUGGGAGGGGUAGGAGCACUAUCGGGAGCCCGACUGGCGGAAGACACGAGCAAUCUCACACGCGAUCAAGAAAGCUGUGGUGGCCAAAGAAAACCGUUUACUCGCUGA